CGGCUCGCCGCGGCAGCGCGGGCGCCGCCCGACCCGGUGGGGCCCGACAGCCGGCCCGCAGCUCUCCAUCCAGGAGCCAUCAUGUUGGUGAUACCCCCCGGACUGAGCGAGGAGGAGGAGGCUCUGCAGAAGAAAUUUAACAAACUCAAGAAAAAGAAGAAGGCCUUGCUGGCUCUGAAGAAGCAGAGCAGCAGCAGCACGGCCAGCCAGGGCGGUGUCAAGCGCUCACUGUCAGAACAGCCUGUGGUGGACACUGCCACAGCAACAGAACAGGCGAAGCAGCUGGUGAAAUCCGGAGCCAUCAGUGCCAUCAAGGCCGAGACCAAGAAUUCAGGCUUCAAACGUUCUCGAACCCUAGAGGGGAAGUUAAAGGAUCCUGAGAAGGGGCCUGUGCCCACUUUCCAGCCGUUCCAGAGGAGCAUAUCAGCAGAUGAGGACCCACAGGAGGUAUCAUCCAGGCGUCCCCAGAGGAAGUCUCUAUAUGAAAGCUUUGUGUCUUCUAGUGAUCGACUUCGGGAACUGGGGCCAGAUGGAGAAGAAACAGAGGCCGCUGGGGCUGGAGAUGGCCCACCUCGAAACUUCGACUGGGGUUAUGAAGAACACGGUGGUGCCCGCUCUUCAGCCUCCCCUCCCCGGAGCCGCAGCCGGGACCGCAGUCAUGAGAGGAGCCGGGACAGAGACCGAGACCGAGAGAGGGAGCGAGACAGAGACCGAGAGCGGGACAGAGAUCGAGACAGGGACCGGGAAAGAGACAGAGAUCGGGACAGGGAUCGAGACCGAGACCGGGAGCGGGACCGAGAGGGCCCUUUCCGCAGAUCAGACUCAUUCCCUGAACGCCGGGCGCCUCGGAAGGGGAACACUCUGUAUGUGUAUGGAGAAGAUAUGACCCCCACCCUCCUCCGUGGGGCCUUUUCUCCCUUUGGAAACAUCAUUGACCUCUCCAUGGAUCCACCCAGAAACUGUGCCUUCGUCACCUAUGAAAAGAUGGAGUCAGCAGAUCAGGCUGUUGCUGAGCUCAACGGGACCCAGGUGGAAUCUGUCCAGCUCAAAGUCAACAUCGCCCGCAAGCAGCCCAUGCUGGAUGUCGCCACCGGCAAGUCUGUGUGGGGCUCCCUCGCUGUCCAGAACAGCUCUAAGGGUUGCCACCGGGACAAGAGGACCCAGAUCGUGUACAGUGAUGAUGUCUACAAGGAAAACCUUGUGGAUGGCUUCUAGAACACAGCUGUAAUCCUUGUGCCUCACAUGCCCAAGCACUGGUCUUAGUAAACUCUGGGGUGGAAGCCCACA